AUGGCGGUCGCUCUGAAGAGCGUUCUGCUUGUUGUAAUAAUUCUUAUGAUUAAAAAACCUUGCUUUACAAACAGUAGCUCAUGUUGUUACUGGGAAGCCUCGAAAGAUUCUAAUUCGUUUGAAGGAACGUAUAUCUAUCCAUCAUUGUGGCAGUAUAAGCAAGAAAGAUGUCUCGUUGUCACAAGAGCGUCCUUGCUUCGUAUUUUAUUGCUGUUAGCUGGAGAUGUAGAGUUAUGCCCUGGACCGAUGAAACCUCAAUGCCAAGCGUGCUGGAAGACAAUCCGAAGAAAUCAAAUCUCAGGUACUUGUGCCGAAUGUAAGAAUGCUUUUCAUCUUAAAUGUUUGAAAGACGAACUGCGAAAUAACAAGGAGAAAUUCUACUGUAAUAUCUGCUUUGUUAAUAUCGCAGAUCAAGAUGCUGGUUCGCCACAAACUGUAGAUAGCAAUGUCCUUUGCACAUUUAUGAAGAAACGUGGACUAAAAUUGUUUCACCAAAAUGUUAACGGGAUUAUGAACAAAUUAGAUCAGAUUAGAUUGUUUCUGUGCAAAAAAGAUGUUCAUAUCUUCGGGAUCUCUGAAAGUCAUACUAGUGCGUCAAUUAAUGACUCGGAGCUUGAGGUAGACGGUUAUGUUGUUGAACGUAAAGAUCGAAAUUCUGCGGUUUACGGUGGAGUACUAUGCUAUAUUCGCGAUGGUAUUAGUUUUCAGCGAAGGAAAGACCUAGAAAUUGAUGGGGUAGAAGCAAUUUGGGUUGAAGUGUUUAUUGUAAACUCAAAAUCGAUUCUUAUUUGUAUUGUAUACAAACCCCCGGAUUCAUCCUUGUACCUCGACAAGAAUUUUAAUUCUAAGUUCGAUAAUAUGCUUGACAUUGCUAUUAAUGAAAACAAAGAAGUUAUACUCGCGGGGGACUUAAACUGUGACUACUUGGCCCCAACGGAUCAUCGAGAACUUAAGGACGUUUUUAAAGUUAAUGGCCUCAAGCAAUUAAUUACCACCGCGACCAGAAUAACAGCUCAUUCAAAAACACUUAUUGAUCUGUUCUUUACAACACAUGAGCAGCACAUUGCAGACUCUAUUGUCUAUGCGAACUCAUUAAGUGAUCACGACUUAACUGGCAUAAUAAGGAAAAUAAACUUGCAAAAAUUUAAAUCCUGCAAAAUACGGAAGCGAGAUUUCUCAAAAUACGAUAAGAUGUCUUUUAGGAGAGAACUUUCGGUUAUCGACUGGAAUGGGGAGUUCUGUGGGUAUGACUUGAAUCACGACUGGAACAUAUUUAAAGAAAAACUCUCUCGCACUAUUGAUAACCACGUCCCGUUUGUAGAGAAGUCAAUAAGAGGGCGAGUAUGUCCAUGGUUAACAAGAGAGCUUAAAUCUAUGAUGAUCUCCCGUGAUUACUAUCUUAAACAAGCUAGACAAACCAAUCAAGAACUCCAUUGGUCGACUUAUAGACGUUUGCGAAAUUUAGUUACUUCUGCUAUAAAGCAUAACAAAGCAAACUUUUGUCGGAAUCUCCUUUACAACAAUGGUGAAUCCCCUAAGACUUUUUGGAAGUUAAUUAAAAAAUUAUAUCCUGGGAAUAACAAAACAUCAAAAUCAUCUUUUUUUAAGGUGAAUAAUGAAUUAGUAUCUGAUACCAGGAAAAUAGCAAAUGGGUUCUGUCGUUAUUUUUCAACUAUUGGCAGCCGCCUACAACAAAACGUUGUUACAAUCACCAACAAAACUUGUAGCUCGCUUAGAAAUGAUGAUAAUUUAAUGCAUACGAUAAAUCCAACUGGCAAAUUCUUCAAAUUUUCUAAAGUCAAUUGCUCAAAAGUUGCCAAAAUACUACAAUCUAUGAGAAUUUCCAAAGCCGCUGGCCCCGACAACUUGCCAGCAUCUCUCUUGAAGGAUGCGUCUGAAGAACUAGCGCUGCCUCUUUGUAUAUUGGUCAACAUGAGUUUUGAAUAUGGAACUUUCCCAAAUGCAGAAAAAUGCGGAAAAGUUAUCCCGAUCUAUAAAUCCGAAGAUCGAGCAUCUUUCGACAAUUAUCGACCUAUAUCGGUCCUAAAUACGGUUUCAAAAGUCAUCGAAAGGAUUGCACAUCAGCAAAUCACAGACUAUCUUGAAAGAAACCAAUUACUCUGCCCUCAACAAUUUGGUUUCAGACGUGGGAAAUGUACCCAGCAUGCUGUGACAUAUCUCAACGAACAUAUUCGUCAAAAUAUGGAUAAAAGUCGAUGUACUGGUGUAGUAUAUCUGGACUUACGAAAAGCAUUUGAUACGGUUAGUCAUGCAUGUUUGCUCAAUAAGCUGCCGUAUUAUGGAAUAAGAAACAUCGAACUUCUUUGGAUGAAGGAUUAUUUACUCAAUCGAUCUCAGUUCGUAUACUUCAACCAAGUUAAAUCAGAUGAGGAGCAUGUAUCCUGCGGUGUCCCACAAGGAUCAAUUCUCGGCCCUCUUCUGUUUGUCUUACAGAUUAACGAUUUAUACUUGUCUUUGAAGAAAUGUAACAUCAUAAUGUAUGCUGAUGAUACUGUGCUUUAUUAUUCAGCGAAUGGCACAGAUGAAAUCCAGAGAUCUAUCAAUAGUGAUAUCGAACGUGUUUCCCAAUGGCUGGACUCAAAUAAGUUAAUUGUUAACCUGAAAAAAGGAAAAACUGAAUUUGUAUUAUAUGGAACGCCUCAAAAAUUAGCACGUCAGCAGGAUUGCAGUAUAAUGAUGAACGGGACAUCUAUCAAUCAAGUUAAAGAGUAUGAAUACUUGGGUAUUAUUAUGGAUAACCAUCUAACUCUAUCAAGUCAAGUGUCAAAAGUAUAUAAGAGAGUUUCGUCUCGUUUGAGCCAACUCUCACGAAUACGCUCUAAUAUAAGUCCCUAUGUUGCGGAAAGAAUUUAUCGAACAAUGAUCUAUCCCAUUAUGUUUUACUGCUAUCCAGUGUAUUUGGGCCUCAGUAACACAGCUAAUUCCAAAAUACAGAGACUGCAAGAUAGAGCGGCAAGAAUAAUUGGUCCAAAAAAUUGUUUACAUGAUGAUUGUGUAACUAGUCGCAAAAGAUGUGUUGUAAUGGAUGUUUUUAAAUCUUUACAUUCGAUUGGCCCAAAUUUUCCCCACGUGAACUUCCAACGUUUCAAUCACGGAAUAAACACGCGAAGCAACAACUCACGUUUAAUUGUACCGAAAGUUAAGACAGAGGCCGGUAGAAAGUCGUUCUCCGUGCAAGGAGUUUUGCUGUUUAAUUCACUAAGCGAGGAAAUAAGGAAUGAGAACUCGUAUAUUAACUUUAAAAGAAAAGUUGAAUCUUUUAACUUUAGUUCGCCGUAA